AUGAACAUUCCGACACAGCUCAUCUUUGGUUCAUUGAACAUCCCCGCACCACCUCCGCUAUCAUCAUCAAUGCUCAUUGCUCCUCUGCCAUUGUCAGCACGAAAUGGACAGUUGUACCUGGUGUCCAAUCAAUCAGUCUCCAACGUCAUCAAUGUCAACCUGACACCAUUUAUCAAUAAUCUAUCACCAGUGCUCGACACAAUCGGAGGCAACUUCACGAUCACCGGCAACUACCUCAACUUCUAUCGCGCAGACAACUCCAUGACCAAUAUCCAAGCACAAUAUUACUCAACCAACGCCAAUAACUUCAAGUAUCAAUUCACUGCUGUGCCCGUUGACCCCCAGGACAACACUCAAAUGGUCCUUGUCUAUCCUCAAGGUAUUGCCAAGUUGUCUGGCCAGCUCUCAAUUGAUCUAGUUGGUGCUCUUGGCCAGCUCACUCCCAACUACAACGCAACAGUGAUGGUGUCGUACGGCCAAAUGGAUAACAAUGACCCAACCUCAAUGACAAUGACCGUGGACAACUAUGUCAAAUCUAUGUCCAACAUUUUUUUCACAAAUGUUUAUUACCUUAAUUAUUAUGACUAUAUCGCUCAUAAUUGGAUCAGCAAUAACACAUUGGUAUUCAAUCUCAAACAAAGUACAUAUAUUGGAUCGCCCUUGACCAUGUUCUUCUCGCCUGAUUCAUCCUACUCUUACAACACCUUUGUCAUCUACCCCCUACCAUCCAUCUACGUGAACAAUGGAGUGGGAGUGCCCCUGGGCGGAGGCAAUCUGCCUGUGUCCCAAGACAAGACCUACUGCACCAAUAAGCUACAAAGCUGUACCAUUGCUGACAAGUUGGUCAAUGGACCGUUUGAUUGCAACUCCAUUCCAAUACCCGCGGGAAUAGGCCUGCAGAUACCAAUCAACUGCACCGACACUUCUGGCAAUCAGUUGCUGACCAAGUACAUCUACUUCAACUAUGGUCCAUCCGUAUCAAACAACAUUGUCAACAAGAAUGUGCUGGUGGUCGAUGGAAUCGGCUUUGACACUGGCUCCACCUCGGUCAAAUUCUCAGACGGCUCGGUGGUCCAGGCAUCCCCCCAGUCCACAACCACCCAAGCAUUCUUUGUAUUCCCUCGGUCUACGCCAAUCACUGGAACAUUCAUAUUGACAAGUAGUGGUCAGCAGUCUGGAUCAUACAUCUACAAAGGCAAGCCCUACAUCCAGAGUGUGACCCUUGAGAACAAAAAUAUUGUUGGAAAUGAAUCAUUGAUUGGUUACGUUCAACUCAGAAUAAUUGGAAGUUUCAUCACUUUGGGUGCAUCGAGUCAAGUGAUGGUUGGAUCACAAGUAUGCACAGUGAUCGGCAAUAACAAUUAUAUUAUUGAAUGUUGGAUGAGCAUCCCUGCUGCCAGCCCAGUCCAACUACCGGUUGUGAUCACAAUCGACUCAUCUACACAACCAACGGAUCCGUUCGAUGUACUAUUCGAUCUGGCCACACCAACAAUCGUAUCAAUCACUCCUACAUACACACAAACAUCAACUCAACUCAACAUUGUUGGUACUUUCCUCAAUCAGUCAAUUCUGCUCGACUCUGGUGUACCAUUGAUUGCACAACAAAGUCAGUAUUGUACGACAGUCAACGACACUUUGAUCACAUGCACCAUCCAGCCCUCCAAGGGCGAGUUCUCCGUCGUGCACCUGGGUGUCAGCUCCAACUCAUUGGUGUUCGACUAUCAACCAGUGAUCAGCAACACCUCAUCACUCAAUGGAUCAACAUUGGAGGUGAAUGGAGUGAACUUCUCACCCUACCUCUACUUCUCGAUGGGUUCACAAUCGACAAACCCAGUGUCAGUGACGUCGACCAAGGCCAUCUUCCAAUUCCCAGAGUGGUUCUUCCCAGGUUCAUACCAGAUAUGCUCAUCUGGCUUUUAUUCCGACAACUACCGAUUGUCUUUGCAUCCAGUGAUCAACGACAUAGAAUAUGAUGGCCGCCUAUCCAUCUAUGGGUAUUACCUCAGCGUAGUAGAUCUGGACGGUAAAACACUCAACCACUCAAUCUCCGUCAACAAUCAAUCAGCAUAUCUCACUCAGGAUGACAAUCGCCCCACGAGGUCAGUCUUUUACCCGAAUCAGAAUUUGGUGGCCUCAGAUAGUGUCCGAUCAGUCAUUUUGACUACCACUCUCAUCAUCAACAACAUCGCUUCAAAUUCAUUCACAUCAUCACCGAUCCCAUUGCCAUAUUUGGACAGAGUGGUCUACACUCAAGAUAGCGGCACCCAUAAAACGUCGACUGGAACCUUUGUAUUCACUGGCACAACUCUGGAACACUUGCCCUACCUCUAUUAUACCAUUAACGGAGAGGGAAAGGGAGACUGGAUCGCUAACUCAACAUCAACCGGAUUCCAUUAUUCCAACAUGGUAUCAGUAGGAGAGGCAAUAUAUACAUUUCAAUUGUCAUGGCCCCCAAUGACCAGCAACAAUAUUUCCAUCCACAUUCUCAAGCCAACAUUGGAGAGAAUAUAUAUCCGUGAACAAACGAAAGCAACCGUAAUGGGAAGAAACAUCGUCAGCAAGUUCAUUCGGUUUGGAUCAUACCAACCAACAGAUUGCGAGGGUGGUGGAUUCAACUCUAACAUGACCACAUGUAAUCUAUCCCAAUGUGAAGAGUGUCUGUCCACAUGUAACACCUUCACCUACAACAAUGGAAUGACCUCAUUCUCCAAGAUAUUCUACCCUAGAAAUCCAGUGUUGAUGUUGGCCGUGUCCAAUGGUACUCAGGUGAAUGUGACAGCAACUCUGUCGUGCAAUCAAACAAUUGUACCCAAUCUAUUGGAGUUGCUAUCAAUCAAAGUUGGAUACACUCAAUGUGAGUCAAUCACAAAGAUUGGUGACAAUAUCUUCAGUUGCCAAGCAAAAGUCACCUCGGGAUCAGUAUCAUUAUCUCUUCUUGAAAUGGAGUCCAACACCAUUCCUUUGGUCUACAUCGAUCCAACUCCACCUUCCUCAUCAUCAUCAGAUGAACCCAAACCCCAGCCCAGCUCAUCAUCAAAGUUGCUGCCCAACCUCAGUAUUCUGAUAAUUAUAAUCUACCUCUCACUUACAUUUGUCGCUAUCAAUUAA